GGCCGCCAGCCUCCAUGUGGAACGACGAGGAUAACAACCCGUACGGGGCGUUCGAUCAUCACGAGCCGCAUUUGUCGGAUUCGUUGCACUCCGCUGCGAUCUCUCCACGUAAGUAAUUCAUGGCGGUUGGCAGGGAGGAGGAGGAGGAGGUUGCGUCCGUGGGUACUGUACUGGUUGGCUGCUGACGAGGUGCUCUCUUUUUUGUUGGUGUCUGACAGCACCCUACGACCGCGAAUCCACCCCGCCGUCGAGUCGAUCGUCGAACCAAGCACCGCCGGAUUAUAUCUCUCACCAGGGGGGGUUAAGCGAUGAGGAUGAGGAUGAGGAUGAUGGGGAGUAUGGUGCGCAGCAAGGCGGGCACGGAUACCCGCGGAAGAGCGUCUACGAUAGCCGCAUCGAACAGAUUCUCUACGAGAACCAGGAUAUGCCGAUUCUGAUCACCGAUGCGGGCAAAAACCAUGAGGGUGGUGGCAGCUUUAUUGUCUAUACGAUUCGGACAGGGGAUCUUGAGGUCCGCCGACGGUAUUCGGAGUUUGCGUCGCUUCGGCAGACGCUGGUUAAUCUGCACCCUACGCUUGUUAUCCCGCCCAUUCCAGAGAAGCACACCAUGGCGGACUAUGCUGCUAAGCCGACCAAGGCCAAAGAGGAUAUCGCCAUCAUUGAGCUACGGAAACGGAUGCUCGCGGUCUUUCUGAACCGCUGUCGCCGAAUGAAGGAGGUCCGCGAAGACGGCGUGUGGUGGAGGUUUCUAGACCCCAAUGUUAGCUGGAGUGAGGUUCUGCAUUCGCAUCCCGCCUCGUCUAUCCCUAAAAACAACCUGAAAGCCCCGCCGCUUGACCCUGCGAACCCAACCCCCGCCCACUCUUGGCUUCCAGUGCCUUCUACCUCGGCAAAGCUCAAGUCCACCGGCGGUGUUGCCCCGGCCUCGCCCACCGAUCAGUCGAACAGCCCUCCGAUGAGUGCCGUGGGGGCACCAGCACUAACGCGGUUCCCUCCAGAAUCGCGACCAUUGAGCGAAAAGGAUCUGGACCCUUACUUUAUCAACUUUGAAGCAUCCACCCGUGAGCUGGAGCUCCUCCUGCAGGGAAACAUCGAAAAGGUCAAUCGGCGGACGCUAUCCCAUCUCUCUGCCCUCUCUGCCGAUCUGAUGGAACUGGGGGCCCGUUAUAAUGGCUUCUCGCUUUCAGAGCAGUCACCCACCGUGGCUGCUGCGAUUGAACGCGUCGGGCAGGCGGCAGACACCUCAUAUAUCGAGACUGAAGAGCUCUCCUCAGCACUAGGCGCCAGCUUCGCCGAGCCCAUGAGAGAGAGCGCGCAGUUUGCCAGCAUUGUCCGCAGCGUGCUCAAAUACCGAGUGCUUAAACGAGUCCAAGAGGAAAUGACACGCGAUGAACUCUCCAAGAAAAAGACCUUGCUAGAAUCGCUGGAGAAGAGUGAGCUGGAAGCCAAACGCAUCGAGCAGUAUCUCAACCGCACCUCGCCUCCUUCAGCUUCCUCCAUGCCCCGUCGCUCCUUGUCCACCUCUUCAAGAGCAAGCAGUGGCGGCGACAAUGAGGCCGCAGCGCGUCCCGGCAGCGCAGAGGACACUGCAUCCAUUGACUCAGACUUCCCGCCCACUCAUGGAGAAUCGAUUGCCGCGCCUGCCCCCGCCUCUUCGCAACGACGGAUCGAAAGCCUUGCCGGGUCGGGCUCUUCUCACCGCAAGACAUCGAGUGGCACCUUUGUUGCGAAUAAGAUCUUCGGCCGUAUCAGCCAUGCGGUGCAUGGCUUCGUGGACGUCGAUCCCGAACGGACACGGCGCGAUCAGAUCGGUAAAACCAAGGAAAGCUUGGUACAGUUGGAGCAAGCUCUCGAGGUGUCUGAAAAAGACGUCAAAGACGCGAGCGCAGGGGUUUUACAAGACCUAAAGCGAUUUCAAAAGGAUAAGGAAGCAGAUCUACGUCGAUACAUGGUUGCAUAUGCUCGCUGCCACCUUGACUGGGCACGGAAGAAUCUGGAGACAUGGACAGAAGCGAAGGACGAGGUGGAUAAGAUCGUCGUUCGCUAGAAAAGUUUGCCCGUGCCUCCCUGUUCUUGCACUUUUGAGAUGUCUCGACGAAGAGUACCCGGCGCUGGUGGAGUUUUUUCUCUGUCUGCUUGAGCUGUUUGCUAUGCUUAUUCUCAACGUCCUCAAUGGCCAGAACUAACCUGUGCAAUGUUUUCGGGCCACAAUCCCGCAGUUCCCCUA